AGAUGGAGGAUAGCGCUUUACACAGGACUUUUGCAGCAACUUAUUUACAGUGUUAAAGAGAACCUUCUGAUUACCAGAAUUUUCACUAAUUAUCUCUCUGUUAUAAGUGGUUUUCAAGAUGCAUAUUAAGUUAUUGACAACAUAAUUCUGAUGCACAUAGCGUUCACGGUCAGAUUGCAUUUUGGAUUUCCGCCAUUUGCGACUGAGUUAAAGGCUAUAUGAAUGGAAAAUGAUCCCCCUAUUGUACUUCAAAGUGACCAAGGCUCUGAAUUCAAAGGAGCUCUGAAAGGACUUUGUCGUAAAUUGAAAGUAAAAAUGGUACACAGCCGCCCAUACCAUCCCCCGUCGCAAGGAAAAUAGAAAGAAGUCAUCGUGCUCUACGUUUCAAGAUGGAAUAUGAUUUUUUUAAAAUGGCUAAAAAAGGUCUAAAUUGGACGAAACCACUACCUGAGUGCCAGAGAAUUUUAAACGAGGAACCCAAAGAUGGUUUAAUGUACAAAUCUCCGUUUGAAGUAUAUUUUGCACGCAAACCUAGUUCCCAUACUAACCGAACUAUGGAAAGUGAAGAUUUAGUAAGUGAAGAGUUGGUAACAAAUGCUGGCAGAUGCAAUCCAACCUGCAAGGAUAGAUAUCACGUCGUUGUUGAAGAGCUGAAGAUGUCCGAAAAGUGGCUUAUGCUGCGACUGAACGUUGCUAUCGAAGAAUGGGUAAGACGCACUUAAAAUCAAAUCCUCCCUCAAGAUACAGAAUAGGUAAGAAAGUUCACGUCCGACACAGUAAAAAGGGCAAAACGUCAAGAAAACAACAAGUAAUAGUAGAAGAAGGAAAUCUAAAAAAGUAGUCAUACGAAGUCUCGUUUAAGUCGCCGUCAUCUGAAAGGCGUGAACGACGGUGGUUCAGUGUUGUGGACAUCACAAGCCUGACUCUCAGAGAAAAAAACCUAAAGCAAAAAGCGGCAAGAAUUGAAAAAGAAAAAAGGAAAUAGCACAGGGAAAAAUUUCUUGUUCCAGUGGGAAGUGACGACUACCUUAAGAUAAUAGAAGAUCAAGGACAUAAAUUAGUAUACAAUCCCCCAGGGAACGGAAACGCCGGUUUGCAGCUUUGGAAUAUUAUCUUAGUUCACUGGGGAUCUUAAGGUCGCCAGAAACCAUCAGGGAGGAAAUUGUUAAAUAUCUGGAAACACACCCACUAGAUGAAGAUGGUUUUCCGUUGUACGAAUGGGUUCCACUCUUUGACUCAUGGCCAAAGCACCUUACCCUCAUGGCACAAGACAACACCUACGGCGACCAACUGACGUUAUGCGCUGCAGCUAACCUCUAUAACGUUAAUAUUCAUAUAGUAUCAUCGCUUGGUGCUGGUGCUAGCCAUGUGUUUGAUCCCGGCUUAAAUGUUCCAGCAACAACACGUUUCAUUGUACAUUUUGAGGAAAACCACUUUGAACACUAUAUCGCACUUAAUGGUCUGACCCAAGAAGAAAAUAUUGUCGUUGACGUACCCGUUGAGAGCAUUGCUAAUCAUGAAGAGGAAAAUCAUACCAAGUGUCAUAAUAAUGAUGAAGAUCGGAAAGAAGGAGGACAAAAUAACAACGUUGGUCAUGAUCAGAGAGAAACAGAAGAAGAAGAAAAUGAUGAUUGUGAUUAUGAUGAUAAUGGUGGUAGUGAUGCUAAU